AGUCGCUGGGUGGAAGUGCUGCACACGGGUCCUGUGCUGCGCUGUCCUGCGUGUCGACGUCGACAUCUUCACGUAGACUAAAACAGAGAGCCCCAUCGGCCUCUACUUUUUUUUUCCUAAAUUCCGAAAUAGUUUUACUUUUGGUUUUUAUCAUUUUUCUAAACAAGUGCUGUGCCGCCGUGCAGAAUAUUGUUAUUCAUUACUUACCCAAACGCGCGCUAUGGAAAUCUGUCGCACAAUGCUGCUGGAAUUUUGAUGGCGCUUUGAUUAUAACGUCAUGCCCAACGAGUUUUGACUGUUUCUCGUAGCCGAGUGACUCGUCAGUGCCAACUUGUAGAUGUGUGUGUAGCUGUCUGGAGAUGAGAUGGCAUCGGAUGUGCUCGUUUUCUGUCAUCGUUAACUUCAGUCGAGUCGAUUUCUUUUGGGACCCCGUCACGGCCAUCAAAGCCAGUUGGAGGAGCGGAGGAGGAGGAGCACAACGUCGUCACUGGACAAGGCAGGCAGCAAAGACAACCGGUACUGGCAAUUGAAUGUUGGGCCGAUCUGAGCUGAAUCAGCGUACCGGAUCAUGAACGCCAACGUCGACGAAUCCCAGCGGGAAGAUGUGGACGACAAUUGGCUGCGCCCUCCAAUUUUCCUCUUCUACCUUCUCCGGGAUUCACCGGCCAGUCCCGACCACAAUCAGCAUCAGCACCGGCAACUUGACAAUCACACCAACGUCACUGGGCACUUGAGUUUACCGGGUCUAUUGCCAAGUGAUGGGUUGCUUCUGGCCGACGACGGGCUUGUUACCACCUCCAUACCAUUCCGGAUUUUCAACACUACCUUGUCUACUUUAUCGGUGAUUGUUGGCGGUGGCGAGGGCGACAACGACACGUCGAGUUCCAGUGAUGUGAUGUACAACGGCAGCGAUUAUGACGGUGCAAGUGGUGAUAAUAACGUGUCGGACAACUACUCGUCGCCUUACUUGAUGCCGUGGCCGCAAAGGACUUCGUGGAUCGCUAUUUUCACGCUCAUGCUCUUCGUUGCCAUCGUGGGCAACACUCUGGUCGCCUGGAUUGUUCUCGCCCAUCGAAGAAUGAAAACAGUCACCAAUUACUUCUUGGUCAACCUGAGUUUGGCCGACCUGACCAUGUCGCUCUUCAAUUGCAUCUUCAAUUUCACCUUCAUGCUCAACAGUCACUGGCCGUUCGGUGGCUUCUACUGCACGGUCAACAAUUUCAUCGCCAACGUCACUGUGGCAGCCAGUGUAUUCACGCUGGUGGCCAUUUCCUUCGACAGGUACAUCGCCAUUGUUCAUCCGCUGCGACCGAGGAUGAGCAAAUGCAUCGCCCGGAUCGCCAUCACUCUCAUCUGGUUGGCCAGCUGCAUCCUGGCCGUCCCUUGCCUUCUCUACUCGCAAAUCAUCUCGCACAAAUAUUCAAACGGUGAAAUUCGAAUUGUCUGUAUCGUCGUCUGGCCGGAUGGGCUUCCCUCAGUGUCGCAACAAGAUUUCAUAUAUAACAUAGUUUUCACCGUGCUCACCUACCUGAUACCUGUGAGCGUGAUGGGCGUGUGUUACUCUCGGAUGAGCUACAUCCUUUGGCGGAGUCAGACCAUAGGAGAACUCAACCAACGCCAAGCUGAAUCCAUUCAAUCCAAGCGAAAAGUGGUGCGUAUGUUCAUGGUGAUAGUGAUGCUCUUCGCCGUCUGCUGGCUGCCCUAUCACGGCUACUUCGUUUACCAGUUCAUUGACGACCAAGUCAUCUCGUAUAAGUACGUCCAGCACAUCUUCCUUGCGUUCUACUGGCUGGCCAUGAGCAACGCCAUGAUCAAUCCGCUCGUCUAUUACUACAUGAAUGCCAGGUUUCGUCAGUACUUCAAGACGGUGCUGUGCCACUUUCUGUGCCGUGGACGGCGAUUGUCAACCAUGACAGAGUUGGCCGGAGCUGCUGUUCACCUGGGACACCCCGGCCGUCGUUCCAGUCCCGAUCGAUCGCUUCCUCCAGGUCCGAUUGUGUCUCAUCAUCACGGUCUGCGGUCGAGACAGUGCCACAGUAAUGGACAAUCUGGGCAGCCCAACGGAAUAACGGCCGUGGCCUCGCUCAUCCGACACCAGCCGGAACACUCAUCCUCGUCGCAUAGCAAUUCACGUCACUCGAUCCAGCACGAGGGUCAUCAACGGUGUUUGGUCUUUGGCAAGUUACCCGAGUCGCAUCACAAUCAGCCGCCACACUGCUGCCACUAUCACCACCAGCAUCAGCAGACGUCCUACUAUUGUUCGUCGGAGAUGGGCGGCCACAACGGCGGCGCAAUCCGCUGGAUUACCGCCCGCAAAAAUUUUAAUUCCGUUUGGCUCCCGUUGACGACACUGUCAGCACCGCCCUCGCUCGAAAUUUACGACUCGCGUUGCCAAAAUUGCCGACGCGCCAACGACAACGGCUACACCAAGAACAACAGCAACACGUUACUGGCAGACACCAAAAUAUAACAGAACCGCCACUCUGGAAAUCCCAGUUUACAAAAACGGAGAGUGCUGAUGAGAGUGAACGGAAUCCAAUCAGCUUUCGGGAUUCAAAUCGUACUGUGACGUUUCAAACUCAUUGGCGCAGGCCUGAGAGCGCAUCGCCAAUUAAAUAGCUCUCUCUAAAAAAAAACAAAUAAAAUUUUCCGUGGUAAUAAACUUUCGCUCAUAUAUGUUUGCUCAGUCACAAUUCACCUAAAAAUCACCAUCCUAAUAAUAUCUAUAUUGUACAAAGUCCAAGCUUUUUUUAAAUUAUUAUAGUCAUUUUCAAAAGUGUCCGCAUAUUGCGGAAUAACUAGGUGAAAUAAAAGGGCAAAGCGAAUUUCAAUGGACGGUCGCUAACAUUUCAUUCCGGAGACCAAAAUAGCGAAUCCAUCUAUACUACUACAAUCCUACUCUUCAUGUGCAUUCAGGACUUAAAAAAAAAAACAAGCAAUUGUUAUUUGUGUUUGUACAGCCUAAACUUAAAUUACGUAAUUAUUAUUAUUUAUUGUUAUACAUUCCGUAUUUUAUACCUCUUAUUGUCAUGAGAUCGCUCUGUCAAUGCUGUGAUUUUUAACCGUGAAAUGUACUUCAGCACUGGCCGUCUCCGUGUCUCACCACAGACACGGAGCUACGCUUGCAUAUUGUUAACUACAAUACUGUGACUCAAUAAAUUGAUAAUAACCAAAAA